GGACCGAGAAAAGUCCAUCAGAAAAAUGUUGAUUCAGCUUCCGCGGCUGACCAAUUCACUGCGAGGUCCUUUCGACGUCGAUCAAGCCUAUUUGCAGCGCAAGCUUAUCCUCCAGAACCACAAGCCUCGCAAUUCCGCGAGCUCGGUAGAUGAGUCAGAGCUUGCACGGAAGAUAGUUCAUAGAUGGGAAGAAGCUUCACCAGAAGUGCGGCAAGCUUACAAGCAAUUUAUUGGAGCGGUUGUCGAGUUGAUAGAUAGGGAAGUGCCAUCAGAAGAGUUCCGCGAGGUGGCAUUAACUGUUUACCGCCUUUUUGGCGGGGAGGAGGAAGCUUCCGAUAGAAAUAUUGCCGAGAAAAGGCCAGAGCUGCAAAAACUUCUUGGUCAUGCAGUUUCUGACGGUCACUUGCGGAAAGCUGCAUCUUUAGCACGUAGACUCUUUGCACUACAGCCUGCUGGCCACGAGAAAGCACUUGUUUCAGAAGGUUAUUUAAAUGAGAGUUCUGAAAAUGUUGAAUUUGGCGUUGACCUUGUUUUUCAACCACCAUCACGUUUCUUGGUGGAUAUUCCAUUGGAGGAUGUAUUGGUUGAGGAAAACAAUGCAUCUUCUUCUUCACAUCAUGAAGGAUGGUAUGGUCUUCAUGACUUUACCCCUGAAUAUGCUGCCUCUGAUGGAGGACGUUUUAAUUUAACUUGGUUAAGAGGUGCAUGUGACCGGAUAAUUGGAAAAAGUACUUCACAGCUUUCUCGAGAUAAAUUAGCAUUAGCCAUUUGUCAGGUGCUUGACUCAGAUAAACCUGGCGAGGAGAUAGCUGGUGAUUUAUUGGAUAUUGUUGGAGAUAGUGCAUUUGAAACUGUACAAGAUCUUAUAUCGCAUAGGAAAGAACUUGUUGAUUGUAUUCAUCAUGGUUUAUUCGUCUUGAAAUCUGAGAAAACAUCCUCAACCUCUCAAUCACGCAUGCCUAGUUACGGCACUCAGGUUACUGUUCAGACAGAGUCUGAAAAGCAAAUCGAUAAACUUCGGCGCAAGGAAGAAAAGCGAAAUAGGCGAGGAGCAGAACAUGGGGCUGAGGGUGACUUGUCUUCUGUGAAUUUCUCUUCUUUACUUCAAGCAAGUGAGAAUAAACGUCCUUUUGAUGAUAUGAUUGGGUCUGGCCAAGUAGCCGUCAGCGCUCUUCCUCAAGGAACUGUCAGGAAGCAUUAUAAGGGGUAUGAGGAGGUUAUUAUCCCCCCAACAGCAGCAGCACAAAUGAAACCUGGUGAAAAGCUGAUUGAAAUUAGGGAGUUGGAUGAUUUUGCCCAAGCUGCUUUUCGUGGCUACAAAUCUUUAAAUCGCAUUCAAAGCCGGAUAUUUCAAACUGUUUAUUACACUAAUGAGAACAUACUAGUUUGUGCUCCAACAGGUGCGGGCAAAACAAAUAUAGCCAUGAUUUCUAUUCUCCAUGAGAUUGGGCAGCAUUUCAAGGAUGGUUACUUGCACAAGGAUGAGUUUAAGAUAGUUUAUGUUGCUCCAAUGAAGGCAUUAGCGGCUGAGGUUACAUCAACAUUUAGCCAUCGUUUAUCUCCACUGAAUAUGACUGUGAAAGAACUUACUGGAGACAUGCAACUUUCUAAGAAUGAACUUGAAGAAACUCAGAUGAUAGUUACAACACCAGAGAAAUGGGAUGUCAUAACUCGCAAGAGUAGUGAUAUGUCGCUCUCAAUGCUAGUUAAACUCUUAAUUAUUGAUGAAGUGCAUCUCCUCAAUGAUGAUAGAGGUCCUGUAAUAGAAGCGCUUGUCGCUCGGACUUUACGCCAGGUGGAAUCAACACAAACAAUGAUAAGAAUUGUGGGACUUUCGGCUACUCUACCUAAUUAUUUGGAGGUUGCACAAUUUCUGCGAGUGAAUCCAGAUGCAGGACUCUUCUUUUUUGACUCUAGCUACCGUCCUGUGCCUUUGGCACAACAGUAUAUCGGUAUCAGUGAGCAGAACUUUGCAGCUCGGAAUGAGUUGUUGAAUGAGAUAUGUUACAAGAAGGUUGUUGCUUCGCUGAGGCAAGGUCAUCAAGCAAUGGUAUUUGUUCAUUCCCGGAAAGACACGGCAAAAACAGCUCAAAAGCUGGCCGAACUUGCUCGGAAGUAUGACGAUCUGGAGCUCUUCAAUAAUGACACGCAUCCACAGUUAUCUUUAAUCAAGAAGGAAGUUCUCAAGUCUAGAAACAAAGAUCUUGUUGAACUUUUUUCAUUUGCGGUUGGUGUUCAUCAUGCUGGGAUGUUACGAGCUGAUAGAGGUCUGACUGAACGUCUUUUUUCUGAUGGACUCUUGAAGGUACUUGUUUGUACUGCAACUUUGGCAUGGGGCGUAAAUCUUCCUGCUCACACUGUUGUGAUUAAGGGGACCCAAUUAUAUGAUCCAAAGGCUGGUGGGUGGCGAGAUCUAGGCAUGCUUGAUGUUAUGCAGAUCUUUGGUCGUGCUGGAAGACCUCAAUUUGACAAAAGUGGGGAAGGCAUCAUAAUCACGUCCCAUGACAAACUUGCUUAUUAUCUACGGUUGUUGACGUGUCAACUUCCUAUAGAAAGUCAGUUUAUUAGCUCCUUGAAGGACAAUUUAAAUGCAGAGGUGGCAUUGGGUACUGUCACGAAUGUCAAGGAAGCUUGUGCAUGGCUUGGAUAUACAUACCUUUUUAUAAGGAUGAGAAUAAAUCCUUUGGCAUAUGGUAUUGGAUGGGACGAGGUCAUUGCUGAUCCGAGUUUGAGUUUAAAGCAAAGAGCUUUUGUAACAGAUGCUGCACGUGCGCUUGACAACGCGAAGAUGAUGCGGUUUGAUGAGAAAAGUGGCAACUUUUACUGUACGGAGCUUGGUCGCAUCGCAAGUCACUUUUAUAUUCAGUACUCUAGUGUUGAAACGUACAAUGAUAUGUUGAGAAGACAUAUGAAUGACAGUGAGGUAAUUGACAUGGUUGCACAUUCUUCUGAGUUUGAGAAUAUUGUUGUUCGAGAAGAGGAACAGAAUGAGCUGGAAAUGUUAGCACGUACAUCAUGUCCAUUAGAAGUCAGGGGUGGUCCUUCGAAUAAAUAUGGAAAGAUUUCUAUUCUCAUUCAGCUAUAUAUAUCUCGUGGAUCAAUUGAUACCUUUUCAUUGGUUUCUGAUGCUGCUUAUAUAAGUGCAAGCUUGGCUCGUAUUAUGCGGGCUCUAUUUGAAAUUUGUUUGCGCAAAGGCUGGUGUGAAAUGACAUUGUUCAUGUUGGAAUAUUGCAAAGCUGUGGAUCGCCAAAUUUGGCCCCAACAACAUCCUCUCCGACAUUUCGACAAGGAUAUUUCAUCAGAAAUACUGCGAAAGCUGGAGGAGCGUGGAGCUGACUUAGAUCGCUUGCAGGAUAUGCAAGAAAAAGAUAUUGGAGCAUUGAUUCGUUACGCACCAGGAGGGAGGGUGGUUAAGCAAUAUUUGGGAUACUUCCCCUGGAUCCAGUUAUCGGCAACUGUAAGUCCGAUCACCAGAACUGUUUUGAAGGUGGAUUUGCUUUUAAAGCCCGAUUUUAUAUGGAAAGAUCGUUUUCAUGGUACUGCACUACGUUGGUGGAUUCUGGUUGAGGAUACUGAGAAUGAUCACAUUUACCACUCGGAGCUUUUCACCCUGACAAAGCGGAUGGCUAAAGGAGAACCGCAGAAGCUAUCUUUCACUGUGCCGAUAUUUGAACCACAUCCACCACAAUACUACAUUCACGCUGUUUCUGAUUCUUGGUUGCAGGCAGAGGCUUUCUACACGAUAUCUUUCCAGAAUCUAGCACUUCCUGAGAUUCACACUUCUCACACUGAACUUUUAGAUUUGAAACCUCUUCCUGUGGGUGCACUCGGUAACAUUACCUAUGAAGCCUUGUACAAAUUUUCACAUUUUAAUCCAAUACAGACACAGGCCUUUCAUGUUCUGUACCACACCGACAAUAAUGUUCUACUAGGAGCUCCCACUGGAAGUGGUAAAACUAUAUCUGCUGAGCUUGCUAUGCUUCGCCUCUUCAACACUCAGCCUGAUAUGAAGGUCAUUUACAUAGCACCUUUGAAGGCUAUUGUUCGUGAAAGAAUGAAUGAUUGGAGAAAAGGACUUGUCUCUCAGCUUGGAAAAGAGAUGGUUGAAAUGACCGGUGAUUAUACUCCAGAUUUAAUGGCGCUCUUGUCUGCAGAUAUCAUUAUAUCCACUCCUGAAAAGUGGGAUGGUAUCAGUCGUAAUUGGCACAGUCGAAAUUAUGUCAAAAAGGUUGGUCUUAUGAUUUUGGAUGAGAUUCACUUAUUGGGGGCUGAUCGUGGACCCAUUCUUGAGGUUAUCGUGUCAAGGAUGAGAUACAUAUCAUCGCAAACAGAGCGUGCAGUUCGGUUUGUGGGUCUUUCUACAGCUUUAGCAAAUGCAAGUGAUUUGGCUGAUUGGUUGGGUGUUGGAGAAAUUGGACUUUUCAAUUUCAAACCAAGUGUGAGGCCUGUACCUCUUGAAGUUCAUAUCCAGGGAUAUCCUGGAAAGUUUUAUUGUCCAAGGAUGAAUAGUAUGAAUAAACCAUCAUAUGCUGCAAUAUGCACCCAUUCCCCUACAAAACCCGUUUUAAUAUUUGUUUCAUCUCGUCGGCAAACAAGACUUACUGCAUUUGACCUCAUUCAGUUUGCGGCUUCCGAUGAGCUUCCCAGGCAGUUUCUUAGUAUGACUGAAGAAGCAUUGCAGAUGGUUCUUUCUCAGGUCACUGAUCAGAACCUACGGCACACUUUGCAAUUUGGGAUUGGAUUGCACCAUGCUGGUCUAAAUGACAAAGAUAGAUCUCUUGUUGAGGAGCUAUUUGCAAACAACAAGAUUCAGGUCUUGAUUUGUACUAGCACAUUGGCCUGGGGUGUAAACCUGCCAGCACAUCUAGUUAUUAUCAAGGGAACAGAAUAUUACGAUGGAAAAGCAAAGAGAUAUGUUGAUUUCCCAAUCACGGAUAUCAUGCAAAUGAUGGGUCGUGCAGGUCGUCCACAAUAUGAUCAACACGGGAAAGCAGUUAUCCUUGUUCAUGAACCCAAAAAGAGUUUCUAUAAAAAGUUCUUAUAUGAGCCAUUUCCUGUUGAGAGUAGUCUGAGGGAGCAACUGCAUGAACACAUCAAUGCAGAGAUAGUUUCCGGCACAAUUUGCCAUAAAGAGGAUGCAGUUCAUUAUCUUACUUGGACUUACCUAUUCCGGAGACUGAUGAUUAAUCCAGCUUACUAUGGUUUGGAGACGAAGGAACCUGAAAUUUUAAGUUCUUAUUUAUCUAGGUUAGUGCAAACAACAUUUGAGGAUCUUGAAGACGGUGGAUGCAUCAAGAUGAAUGAAGACAAUGUGGAGCCAAUGAUGCUGGGUUCAAUAGCAUCGCAGUAUUACCUUAGUUACACGACUGUAUCAAUGUUUGGUUCGAACAUUGGUCCUGACACAUCACUUGAGGUGUUUUUGCAUAUCUUAUCUGGGGCAUCUGAAUACGAUGAACUUCCUGUGCGGCACAACGAGGAAAAUUAUAAUGAAGCUUUGUCCAAGCGAGUUCAAUAUAUGGUGGACAAGGAUCGGUUUGAUGAUCCUCAUGUCAAGGCCAAUCUGCUGUUUCAGGCACAUUUUUCUCAGUUAGAGUUGCCAAUCAGCGACUAUGUCACAGACUUAAAGUCAGUCUUGGAUCAAAGUAUACGCAUUAUCCAGGCCAUGAUAGAUAUAUGUGCUAAUAGCGGAUGGCUCUCAAGCUCAAUCACUUGCAUGCAUCUUUUGCAAAUGAUCAUGCAGGGUCUAUGGUUUGAUAAAGAUUCUUCCUUGUGGAUGCUUCCCUGCAUGACUGUUGAACUUGCGGAUUCUUUAAGCAGAAGGGGAAUUUCUAGUUUGCAGCAAUUAUUGGAUCUCCCUAAGGCAGCAUUGCAGAGCAUGAUUGGAAAUUUCCCGACUUCAAGAUUAGUUCAGGAUCUGCAGUACUUCCCCCAUGUCCAGGUAAAAUUAAGACUCAAUCGGAGGGGAGUUAAUGGUGGAAAAUCUCCCUCUCUGAACAUCAAACUGGAGAAGAAAAAUUCCAGGAGAAAGUCCUCAAGAGCGUUUGCCCCUCGGUUCCCUAAGGUGAAAGAUGAAGCAUGGUGGUUGGUUCUUGGUAACACCUCGACCUCAGAAUUAUUUGCUCUGAAGAGAGUGACUUUCUCUGACCACUUGGUUACCAAUAUGGAGUUACCAUCAGAGCCAACUGCUCUCCAGGGAAUGAAGCUGAUUAUAGUUUCAGAUUGUUAUCUUGGUUUCGAACAAGAGCACCCUAUUGGCGAAAUCAAUAUACAGCAAGCAACUUCUUAUUGAGACUUGAGAGAAUCAGAACUCAAACUGAGCCAAUUGGGUAAUUACAACCUGAGAUACAAGCCGGAUGGGCAGACCUCUAAGGAUCCGGUAAACUGGAUAGCCCCAGUUUGCGAUAUAUAAAUAAUAUAAAAUAAAUGGAGGACUAUCAGAACGUGCUUAUAUUUUUGGCUUGAAGCACAUUCUUGAAUCGCCAAAUUCAUGGCCCGCAGCAUCUUCAAAUGUCAUGGAUAAAAGAGGAUCUUCUGAUCAAAAGAACCAAAGUGUCGUACAAAUUGCAUAUUUAGGAAAGACCAAAAGAGCUGUAGAACAAUUUACAGUGUGCAAAUGCCUGCUGAAAAUUUUCGUAAGUUGUUGAAACGUGUGCAGUGCAAUUGAACAGAUGUAAUAAUUUUCUGUUAAUCGAGCUCGAAUCCAACGGACGUAUAUUUAUCUA